CAUCGGCCUUUCCUCUCCGUCGCUUAAAAUUUGGCGGUAAUCCGAAAUUUCUGCAGUUUUAUUAUCUACGAACCGAGAAUCGUUCUUGGUCGGCUUGCGUUUGAUGCUGAUCGAGUGAAUUCGAAACUCUGUGGUUAUUUCGCAGUUUCACGGGGUUUUCAGCCGAUUGUUGAUAUCUCUGGAGUUCUCAAUUUCAUGGCCAUUUACAAGUAUAUGAAUGGUGCUAAUUUUCAGAAUGAUGCUUGGUUGGCAAGCUGCUUGCAACUCAUAAUCAAAGGGAAAUAAGUUAAGCAAACAAAUUGUUCCAGAGAUUUCAACCACGAGAUCAGUUGAGUCCAUCAAUUGAAGAAUAAUAUCAGUACUAAUAAUAUUAAUAAAAAAAGGGGACAAUGGGAAACACACGAGAAGAUACAAAACCACCUUUGGCUGACGAGGUCUCUAGCCUCACAAAGCAGAGAGUUGCUGCUGCAAAGCAAUACAUUGAAAGGCAUUACAAGGAACAGAUGAAAAGCCUUCAAGAAAGAAGAGAGCGGCGCAAUUUACUUGAACAGAAACUAGCUGAUGCUGAAGCAUCUGAGGAAGAUCAAGCAAACCUGCUAAAGUUUCUAGAGAAGAAGGAGAGUGAAUACAUGCGUCUUCAGAGGCACAAAAUGAGCGCUGAUGAUUUUGAGUUACUCACAAUUAUAGGAAAGGGUGCUUUUGGAGAGGUUAGAAUAUGUAGGGAUAAGACAACAGGUCAAGUGUAUGCAAUGAAAAAGCUCAGGAAAUCAGAAAUGCUUCGAAGAGGCCAGGUUGAGCAUGUGAAAGCUGAAAGAAAUCUACUUGCGGAGGUGGACAGCAACUGCAUAGUCAAGCUUUAUUGUUCAUUUCAGGAUGAAGAAUAUCUGUAUCUUAUCAUGGAAUAUCUUCCGGGUGGAGAUGUGAUGACAUUAUUAAUGAGAAAAGAUAUCUUGACUGAAGAUGAGGCCCGAUUUUAUAUAGCGGAGACUGUUUUGGCUACAGAAUCUAUUCAUAAACACAACUAUAUACAUAGAGAUAUCAAGCCUGAUAACUUACUACUCGACAGAUAUGGCCAUUUAAGACUAUCAGAUUUUGGACUGUGCAAGCCUUUAGAUUGUAGCACUAUAACAGAAGAUUUUUCAGUCAGGGACAACUUAAAUGGGGGUCCAACAAGUGAUGAAAAUUCUGCAGCUUCAAAACGCACACAACAAGAGCAACUGCAACAUUGGCAGAAAAAUAGGAGAACGCUUGCUUAUUCCACUGUUGGUACCCCUGAUUACAUUGCUCCUGAAGUUCUGCUGAAGAAGGGAUAUGGAAUGGAGUGUGAUUGGUGGUCAGUUGGUGCUAUCAUGUUUGAAAUGCUUGUGGGGUAUCCACCUUUUUAUUCAGAUGAUCCAGUAUCAACAUGUAGAAAGAUAGUGAAUUGGAAGCAACAUCUGAAAUUUCCAGAGGAAGUUCAACUUUCUGCAGAAGCAAAAGACCUGAUAAGCAAACUCCUUUGUGGUGUGGAACAGAGGCUCGGUGCCAAUGGUGCAGAGGAAAUAAAGGCUCAUCCUUGGUUUAAUGGAAUUGACUGGAACAGCAUAUACCAUUCAGAAGCUGCAUAUAUUCCAGAAGUCAAAGACGAGCUUGACACCCAAAAUUUUGAGAAGUUUGAAGAGUCCGAGCACCAGUCUCAGUCUUCAUCAAAAUCUGGGCCAUGGAGAAAGAUGAUCUCAUCUGAUGUCAACUUUGUUGGGUACACAUACAAGAACUUUGAAAUUGUGAAUGACUACCAAGUGCCGGGGAUGGCUGAACUUAAAAAGAAGAACACAAAAGCAAAGCGGCCAACAAUCAAGUCACUUUUUGAUGAUGAACCAGAAAACCCUGGGACGAGCAGUGCCUGAGCGUCGGCCUGUCGACCUGCUUUACUUGGAUCACUCAGAAAACAACUCUGGUAAAAACAGAUAUGAACUUCGCCUCCAUUUGUGCCUCUCAACAGAACACAUACAUGUGCUGCCUUACUUAGCCUCUUUAGUUUCUAUGAUCCAAGCAUUGCAUACUUCGAUGUCAUACUCGUCUUUCCUUACCAACUAUUUUUCAUUGUUUGUAUUUACGAAUGUGGUUUUGAACAAAUGACAUUUGACAUAAAAUACCUGCUCCACCUUUGUGCCAACCAGCUAGUUGAUGCAUUGUUC